GACUAUAACACAGAUAAAGGGAUGGACCUGUGGCCAUUGCUGUAGGAUCCUAAGUCCAGGUGAUCAUUUUGAACGAAACAUCGACAAAAAUUGAAAACAUUCACAUGGUAUCUGCAGUUCAAUGAUGGACCAGAAUCAACAUUUGAGUAAGACAGCAGAGGCACAACAUUCUGAGAAAAGGAAAACUAGAAACUACUGCAAUGGAUUCAAGAUGUUCUUGGCAGCCCUGUCACUCAGCUUUAUUUCUAAGACACUAAGUGCAGUCAUUAUGAAAGGUUCCAUCACUCAGAUAGAAAGGAGAUUUGACAUAUCAUCUUCUACUGUUGGCUUAAUUGAUGGAAGCUUUGAAAUGGGAAACUUGCUUGUGAUUUUAUUUGUGAGUUACUUUGGAGCCAAAUUACACAGACCAAAACUAAUUGGAAUUGGUUGCUUCGUUAUGGGAAUUGGAAGUAUUUUGACUGCUUUACCUCAUUUCUUCAUGGGAUAUUACAGGUAUUCUAAAGACACCCCUAUUAAUCCAUCAGAGAAUUCAACAUCAAGCUUAUCAACUUGUUUGAUUAACCAAAAUUUGUUACUCAAUAGAACAUCACUGGAGAUAGUGGGAAAAGGUUGGGGAAAGGAAUCUGGGUCACAUAUGUGGAUAUAUAUUCUAUUGGGUAAUAUGCUUCGUGGAAUUGGGGAAACGCCCAUAACACCCUUGGGGAUUUCUUACAUCGAUGAUUUUGCUAAAGAAGGACAUUCUUCUUUUUAUUUAGGUAAUUUGUUUGCAGUAACAAUGAUUGGUCCAAUCAUUGGCUUUUUACUCGUAUCUCUGUUUUCUAAAAUGUAUGUGGAUAUUGGAUACGUAGAUCUGAACACUAUCAGAAUAACUCCUAAGGACUCUCGUUGGGUUGGUGCGUGGUGGCUUGGUUUCCUUGUGGCUGGACUAAUAUCCAUUAUUUCUUCUAUACCAUUCUUUUUCUUGCCCCAAAAUUUGGAUAAACCAAAGAAAGAAAAAGAAGCUUCAGUAUCUUUGCCUGUGCAAAAUGAGGAAAAGAGUCAAAUGGCUCAUUUGACCAAGCAGGGGCAAAAUGUUAGUGAAACUGUAGCUGGUUUUUUCCAGUCCUUGAAAAACAUCCUUACCAAUCCCCUGUAUGUUAUAACAUUAUUUUUGACACUGCUACAAGCCAGCAGCCAUAUUGGAGCUAUUACUUAUGUCUUCAAAUAUGUAGAACAGCAGUAUGGCCAGUCAGCAUCUGAGACUAGCAUUUUGUUUGGAUUCAUAACCAUACCAACUUUUGCAUCUGGAAUGUUUACAGGAGGAUAUAUCAUUAAAAAAUUCAAAUUUACUUUGGUUGGAAUUGCGAAAUUUUCAUUUUGUAGCCAUAUGUUGUCCUUCCUAUUUCACCUAUUAAAUUUUGCGCUAAUCUGUGAAAACAAAUCAGUUGCUGGACUAACCUUGACCUAUGAUGGAAAUAAUCCAGUGGCAUCUCAUAUAAAUGUACCACUUUCUUAUUGCAACUCUGACUGCAAUUGUGAUCAAAGUCAAUGGGAACCACUCUGUGGAGACAAUGGAAUAACUUACAUAUCACCUUGUUUAGCAGGAUGCAAAUCUUCAAGUGGCAGUAAAAAGUCUGUUAUGUUUCAUAACUGUAGUUGUGUGGAAGUAAAUGGUUUCCAGAGCAGAAAUAACUCAAUGAAGUUGGGUGAAUGCCCCAAAAAUGAUCAAUGUACAAGAAAAUUUUACGUUUAUAUAGUAGUGCAAAUAUUUAUCUUUUUUUCUGCUGCAUUGGGAAGUACCUCAAAUAUCAUGCUGGUUUUUAAAAAUGUUGAACCUGAACUGAAAUCACUUGCCAUGGGUUUCCAUUCACUAACUAUUCGAACACUAGGAGGAAUUCCAGCUCCUAUAUAUUUUGGGGCUCUGAUUGAUAGAGCUUGCAUGAAGUGGUCUGUCAACAACUAUGGGAAGCAAGGGUCUUGUCGGAUAUACAAUUCCACAUUAUAUGGAAAUACUUUCUUUGGCUUGACUACAGGCUUAAAACUCCCAGCUCUUGUUUUAUAUGUUGUAUUAAUUUGUGUUAUGAAGAAAAAAUAUCAAGGAAAAGAUAUCAAGGCAUCAGAAAAUGAAAGAAAAUCCGUGAACGAAGUGAACUUAGAACCGUUAAGUAGUAAUGCCGGAGUGGACCGUGAAACACAUAUUUAAGGGGAGAAAAAAAUUCUUCUGCUGCUGUGUUUUCAACUAACAUUGUAUUAGUUGAGUAGGAUGUUAUUUUUGAGCAGUUCCUGGUCCUUUCACUGACAAUUUUCACAUUCUAUACUAAUGAUGGAACAAUGAAUCACCUAUGAAUUUAUGACAAUGAAACAAACUAUAAAUGGGAAAAAAAUGGGAGUACUCAUUGUUAAGGUGUGACUAUGCAUUUGUGGUUAAGAUUAGACUAUAUGAUCCAUACAAAUGUAAAGUGAAAGGUAUGGUUAAUAUGUAAUAGAAGAAAAAGUAUUUGCUCAGGUAAUUGUAAUGCAAUAAAACCGGUGACUAGAAGAUAGGUAGAGGUGAAAAAGGAA